GAUUUUUUUCUCAAAAGAAAAAAUUAUGGUUUAAUGAAUGAGUCCCCUAUGUGUCCUUGCCUUGACUUAUUCCAUUAUAUUAUGCCUAAAAAAUGGAGAUUAGCAGGAUGUGCUUUUUGGAAACAUAGGGGCAGACAGUUAAAGGAAAUAAUAGCAAUGGAUGUUUCAUGCCUUUAGCGAAACAAACCCAAGAAAAGUGCAGACAAUAUCCUAUAUGUUUAGAUUUGUCAGCAUAUAAAAUGCAAAUAACUUAGGCAUCAUUUAUUGGCAGGACAAAGUAUUAAGUGCAAAAAAGAUGCAAUGUUAAGUUUUUCACACUUUUGCCAUCCAAAAUGGUGCGUAAGGACUUUGCUCCAUGAAUACAGCCCUGGCUGCAUCUGGCUGUGAUGAAUUCAUUUGGGUGUAGGCUUGGAAUUCUUUAUAAAAACACGCAAAACAGACCAUUUAAAUAAUAUGUAUUUCAAAAAAUAAAAUUUUGCCUAAUGCAAGGAAGUCAUUCAGAGCAACUUUCUAAAAUACCUUAAUUACAAAUGUUCAAGGGUUUUAGUUAUUUGCUAUUUAAAGCAGUAUCUGCCUGUCCCUAUACCAGAAGCCAGUUGUUUAUAGGAGCUGUGAAGAAGCAAGGCUGACUUUUCCCAACAUUGUUUUAAGGGACUUUUAAUUGCAAAUACUUUCUUAAAAAAAUGUAUGUAUCUUGCAAAGUUGAUUAGAAUCACAUAAUGGGCCAGAUUCAAUUCAGUGAAAAAAAGAUUUAUCAUGUGAAAAAGUUUUCACAUGAUAAACCAAAAGAGAACUUUUUCUCACUGAGUUGAAUCCAGCCCUAGUUAUGGCAAAUCUAUUAUACCAGAAGUGUCAUUUGGCUAAGCCAAAACAGAAUUUACAGAAAUGUUGGCAAUUCAUUAUACUUUUAGCUUUAAACAAAAAACAUCUUGUAUUAGGAGUGUCCCCCUGUGUGUUCACACAUUUGGCACCAAACGGCAUUGCUAUUGACUAAAACCUGUCAAAAUGAUUGACACAAACAGCAGCAGCAGCGUAGGCUGUCACAGAUUCGCACUACAGAUUACUGUGUGCAAAUGACUUGAGCUAGCAGGACCUCUUGUGUUUAACUGUGGGAUUCUGUGUUGCUACAGCAAGAGACAAUUGUUAAGUCACGCAAGUAAGAAAAACAAAUAACACAAACACAGGCACAGUACAAAUGGAAAACUAUAAAACUAAAAUAGUCAUCUACACAAUGACGGCUUGGUGUUUCUGUUUAGAUGUAGAACUAUACAUUAUAUCUUUGCCAGCUCUAUGUGCAUUAUCAUAACAAUCCUUACAAAUCAGUACACAUUUUAAUCCAUUUAAAGUGUUGUAGGUAGAUGGCAUAAGCCCAACAUUGAUAAGCAAAGCAAAAUUCCAAACCUGAAUCCACAUACAAUGUUAAAAGCUUGUAGCCUCUGCGGUGUGCAUUGCCUGAUCAACUUAAAGCUGACAGCUGCAUUUGUAAUACAGUGAAUCUAAACGGAUAUAUUAGUAUCUUCUAUUCAGUUUGAUGUGAGCAGACUUUACCUGCUUCAUAUACUGCAUUCUUUGUGGGAUCUGCUAAAAUAAAUUAUUCAGCUUCAGCUGUAAAAAGGACAGAGGCGUCUGAGCACCAACUUUAAAGGUGAUGGAGAGUAGGAUUUCAGGAAAUUGAAUCCAGGUCAGAAAUUCAAUUACCUAAUGACAGUUAUUUUGUUUCAGUUAGUGGUACUGUAGGAAGGGGGACACUGUUUAGUCAGCAGAAAAUACAAUUUGUUAAAAGAAAAUCAGCAUAUGGUUAGUUCUUUUUGUUAACUAAUCAUUCAUAUGCAAUGUGGUUAAAGAAUAUCAAGAUACUGCCAAAAUAAACUGCACUGCGGGUUACUGCACAGUUUUCCAUUUUUCAACCUUUCCCUACAAUUUUAUAUUAUUCAUGUAUUUGUACAUAAAUAGUCCUGGCCAAAGUACAGUUCUAUCUUUAUACAUGUGCUGAGUCCAUGUAUAGAAAUACAACAGUUAGAAAAAGUUUAAAUAAUCUGUGACUGUAGCAGACAAAAUGAUAUUUUAUGAGCCAUAAAUAUAAUUAUGCAGAUGCAAUCAAGCACUUCAUGUGUUUUUCUUUAAAAUUAUGUGUUAGUGACACAGAAAUUAAAAUUUAUAUUAAAACGUUCCCUGGAUUAAACAUUUUUCCUACAGUGCCUUACAAGUAUUCAAACCUUUGUCCAACUUUUUAACUGUACCAAAGAAGAAAUCCUAUGUUUCUACUCAUGUUUAUUUAAGAGUCCUGCAAUUCAAAAAUGUGUUUAUAAUGUGACAUUGUCAGUUAGCGUUAUCUUUAGAGCCACAUUUUCCAGGCAUAUUUGUUCCCAUGAUGUUCAGAAUAGUGAGACCACAGUUGUGUCCCUAAUUUUUUGUAAAUAGCACUAAUGAUUCUUAGGUUGAUUGAGAUUAGGACUUUGACUAGACCGUUAUAGAACCUUUACCUUAUAGGGGAAGUUCACCUUCAGAUAACAGUCUAAAUAUGAACAGCCUGUGUCAUUAAAAACCUUUUUACAACCAAUACAGUCACUUCAGCAUAACUACAGUUGAAGCUGUGCUUCAUGAUCAUAAAUUUUCUCACUGUUCCCCUAUGGAAAACAUUCAGGCAAGACUAUUCCAUUCUGAUUUAUUUAAAUAUCUUUGGUACAAUUGGCUGGCACAAUCCAGCCAAUGGGCUCAAUGAAAUGCACAUGAAACUGGAAAAGAGAGGGUAUGUGUGUGCAGUAGCGCAUCAUGCAUGAACUUCAUUUUAGUGUAUGCCAUGCAGGGCUAUAUUUAUAUAUAAGCACCUGAGGGCCUGUGUCUAGGUCACAGUUUUUGGUGGAAGCCUUUCGGUGACUAAGCAUUGUUUUUUUUUUUUUUAAACAAUACGCCACCAGCCUCCACAGCAGAUUUCCAUAGGAAAUCUGGCAACAGAGGUGGGUGAGGGGUAGGGUAGCAGAAAUGAUGUGAUGUCACUUUCGCAACGUGGGUGUGUGUGAAGUUGGCCAUAGGGGCCGUAUUUAGGCUUGGUGCCUUGGGUGGCACCGGAUCUAACUACAGCACUGAUGCCAUGGGCAGGAUCUCCUGACACAGGUUGGGGAUUUUUGGAUAAGCACAGUUUCAAAGUUAGUUAUCUUGAAAAAGAAAGAAUAACAGAAAGAAGUCACACUGGAGAUUGGGCAGAUCCCUUCUUUCUAAUACAAUACCAGUGGAAAAAGCAGAGGGCUGCAAGGGGGAUACCAACCUAGGGCCGCACCAAAUCAAAAUCUGGUAAUUCACCAAAACUGAAGUUUUGCACAAGCUCUGUCAAUGCUAUAUUAUCUUUUGUUUGCUUUUGUGCCAAGACUUAAAUGGUUGUUUAACUUUGCUAAAAGUAUUUAAACACCACGAAUAAGGACUUUUUAAGGUUGCUGUCUUUGUUGUAUAUUAUUCUAAAAUGUUGGUACUCUCAUAUUAGCUCUGUAAAACAAGUCACUGACUGUCUAAACUGUUUAAAUUUGAUACAUUAGUCAAUACAUUUCUCAGCAGCGUCAGAAAAAUACCAGCAACUAAAGUAUCAAUUGUAACAGUUGCUCUGUGAAAGGAGCUGACAGACUUUAGUAAAACUUGAGGAACAUGCUCAUUGGAAGCUAAAGCUGCUUAAAAAUGUUUCCAGUAAUGUAUCCAACUGUAACAGCUCAGUAGACAGGUUGUCGGAUCUCUCUCUAAACUACUACUGGGAAACACGAGAGGGGGGAAAAUGAGACUAAUUCAUUUUUAAAACUUGCAUUUUAGACAAAUUACAACUAGACUAAAUAAUUCCCAGCAUUUUCUUUAUCAUAAGAAGCUACACUGGCCAUAGUGUACAUGUGAUUUGAGAAAUGUAUUUCAAUAGAUUUAAGAGGGUGCACGUAUUAACAAACAUUUUUAUUGCAUGAAUACAAAUCCACAUUUAUCUUUGUCUGACCAUGCACAAAGGUACUGGGACAUAAAUUAAUACUGAAAAUUGUUCUGACACAAAUGAGCUUAUGCCUAGUUCAUAGGCUAGAACAGUGACAUAUUUAUCACUAUAUUAUGUAACUACCCAUUAUAUUAGCCUUUUCAGCUGCCCUGUGCUACACUGAGUUUGUGACUACUGUCUGGCCAACACUAACCCACUGGAUACACCCUUCUUGUACUUUGUGUGAUGCUUCAUGUAUAAUGUUUUGGGCCUUUAAAUUUAUCUGCCUAUCAAAUAUAUAUUAUAACAAUUUGUUAGUCACUGUACUGGGUGAGUUUUAAUCCAGAAAACUAAAAUAUCCCAAUAAAACUCAAAGCUGUCUUCGAAACAUGUAGUUUUUACCCAUGGGGAGGCUUGCUAUGAAGCAAGGCGACAACCCACACACUAUUUUUUUUUACGUUAAAGGUGUUCCACUGACUGUAUGUUGUGAAAGCUAAAAACAAUGUGGGACCCAGAGAUUAAAGCUAGCAUAUCCAGGUGUUAGGCAAAAGCCUGUAUAUAGGACCAAAGAAAAAAAAGUCUGGACUUAUUCUCAUACUGGACUUAUAAUAAAUUAAAAAAAAAAUCAUUUAGAACAGUGAAGUUUUAAAAGAGAUCUGUGAUCUGAAGACUGAUGUUUAUCUAUGUUUAUACAUAGCAUUAAUUUAACCCUUUUUCAACAAAAGUGGUUUAAUAAAUAGGGUGUGUGCUGAACAUACAUUUUACCUAUUUUUAACUUAUGAGAUAUCUAUAGUUUUUGUUACUUAUGGUUUCUUCUACAAAGCAGGGCAAAAUCCGAAAGUGAAACUAGUCUCCUUUCUUUACAUGCUAUACUACUUGUCAAUCUAUUCAAACUCUUUGUUCCCAUACAGAAAUAGGGAAUCCCCAUGAAGGAGUUUCCUGGGUGUUCAGAUGGGCCAGUCAGGAGGAAAAACACCCUUUUCUUGGCUAAAAAUUGCACUUUGGUUUAUAUGUGAAUCAGUUCAUGAAUGUGUCCUCUGUAGGAAUAUGCAAGUGUUGCUGUUGAAACACAGCUCCCAUUCCUUUGUAAUGUAUUAAUUAACCAAAACCAAAAGGUUAUGCAUCUUACACAGAGGGUCAGUUCCCACAAAGCAACAUUAAAAUAGAAGUGUGCAGAGACAAUGGGAGACACAGUUGUAAUGAGGCCCCUAUCCAGAAGAGCUUAGGACCUAUGAUGGUUUUAGAAGUUGCAGUUAAACAAUUGCUCAGGGCCACAGGUUGCAUAUGUCUGUUUCUGACUUUUAGUUGCUAGACUUGGCUUUCAGUUCUUUUACUGAUUAUAUAACACAUUUAUGGUGGAUUUCUUGCAGAUGCCUCUCUACUUGCCUGCCAGAGGGACUAUGAGAAGCAAAGGAUGUGGGUUGGAAAUUGCUGAGGCCCUGCAAUGACUUGACCAGCGGAGUGCAUGUCUUCCAGCCCUGGGUUUGUACCACACUCACCCUGUAACGCUAAAAAGCAAAGGGAAGUUCUAAACAAAACUGAAAUUGGACUGGGCAGACAUUAUACAUGAGCUCAGACCUGGGUGCCCUGUUCCUGGGCAGCACCGAGCCCCUCAGCCCACAAUCCCUCCCCAUACAGCCGCCAGCCGGGCUACUCUGGGCGCCACGUACAGGAGAGAAGACAUGAAGGCUCGGACAUUGCCCCUCACUGAAAGCCCAACGCCUGCCAAAAGCAUAUGAAUAAAAGGUCCCGGACAAUGCAGCUUCCCACUAGCCCCUCACUAGCCACCCAGCACCAAACAAUCGCCCCUUUCCUAUUUAGUUCCAUGGCGCCUCUGCAUUUACUCGUAUCCGACCUGAUUGCAUGGAAUCCCCUCCGGGCAACACGCUUGGUCCCAUGGAAGAGCUGAGCAGUGUGAAGGUUCUCCCUUCCCCAGGGAUUCCGGCGGUGGGGGCAGACGAGCAGGCAGUGUGCCCGUGAAAGGCUGGGGGAAUCCUCCAGUAACCCUCCUCCCGCCUCAGCCGCCUGUCAGCGCCGCUACUCUCCCUCUCUCUGGCACACACCGCUUCUCCCUGCCCAGGCGCUGACGUCAUGCCAUUUGUUUUGGUUCGCCCGACCAAUCGGACGCGCUGCCUGGAUUCUACGGGUGCCGAAAUGGCCCCUUCCUCUCGAGUUGAGGGCUUCGCCAUCCCUAGCAGCGCGCAUUGCGCUGGGCUCAGUGCCUGGCAAGACUCCUGCAGCUUUAACAGCUCUGACAUGGACACAUCGCUGCAGUUCCAGCGCGGCUUCUCCCCAGAGCAGCAGCACAGUCUCCCCCGGCCGCAGCACCUGCACUGCCAGAGCCCGGACGAGCAGCUCCUGUACCAGGCGGACGGUCCUUGUGUGCAGUGCAACAGCUGCUCCUUCCAAGGGGACAAUCUCCCUCUUCUUCGCACCUCUUCGCCCAUUAUCGGAGCUUUCCGCACCGGCUCCUCUCCUCUCUCGUCCGGCUCCUCCAGGCAGGGCAGCCAGCUGAACGUCAGUGAGCUCACUCCUUCCAGCCAUGCCAGUUCGUCCCGCCACCCCCAGUACCAGUCCCAGUACCAUCAGUACCAUCAGUGCCACAGCCGGCAGCAGGCGAGUCCGAGCAGCAGCCAGCGCCGGGAGAGUAACCCUUUCACGGAAAUAGCCAUGAGCAGCUGCAGGUACAACGGUGGGGUUAUGCGACCCCUCAGCAACCUGAGCGCGUCCCGAAGGAACCUGCACGAACUCGACUCCGAGUCGCAGCCCUUACAGCCGGUGUCUAGCGCUAGCGCAGCUCCUGAGAUAGUGGUGUCCAAGCCCGAGCACAACUCCAACAGCCUGGCUCCGUAUGGCUCUGGGGAGCGGCCAGGUGGGCAGCAGAACAACGGGGCCAAGUCCGGAAAGAAAAAGAACCAGAACAUCGGCUACAAGUUGGGCCACCGGAGGGCUUUGUUUGAGAAAAGGAAGCGACUGAGCGACUAUGCGCUUAUCUUUGGGAUGUUUGGCAUCGUGGUGAUGGUGAUAGAAACUGAGCUCUCAUGGGGAGCCUAUGACAAGGGAUCGCUGUACUCAUUAGCUCUAAAAUGCCUUAUAAGCCUUUCCACGAUUAUCCUGCUUGGUCUUAUUAUUGUGUACCACGCCAGGGAAAUUCAGCUUUUCAUGGUGGAUAACGGCGCUGAUGAUUGGAGAAUAGCCAUGACCUACGAACGCAUUUUCUUUAUUUGCUUGGAAAUACUAGUGUGUGCAAUUCACCCCAUACCAGGAAAUUACACAUUCACGUGGACAGCACGCCUUGCCUUUUCUUACACCCCCUCCACAACAACAGCGGACGUGGAUAUUAUUUUAUCUAUACCAAUGUUCUUAAGACUGUAUCUUAUUGCCAGAGUUAUGCUUUUACAUAGCAAACUUUUCACUGAUGCCUCUUCUCGAAGCAUUGGAGCACUAAAUAAAAUAAACUUCAACACACGUUUUGUAAUGAAGACUUUAAUGACAAUAUGUCCAGGAACAGUACUGUUGGUUUUUAGUAUCUCAUUAUGGAUAAUAGCUGCAUGGACUGUCAGAGCCUGUGAAAGAUACCAUGAUCAACAGGAUGUUACUAGCAACUUUCUUGGAGCAAUGUGGUUAAUUUCAAUUACUUUUCUAUCCAUUGGAUACGGGGAUAUGGUACCGAAUACAUACUGUGGGAAAGGAGUGUGUUUACUUACUGGAAUUAUGGGUGCGGGGUGCACUGCACUUGUUGUCGCUGUGGUUGCAAGGAAGCUAGAACUUACCAAAGCUGAAAAACAUGUUCACAAUUUCAUGAUGGACACCCAGUUAACUAAAAGAGUGAAAAAUGCAGCUGCUAAUGUUCUCAGGGAAACAUGGUUAAUCUAUAAAAACACGAAGCUAGUGAAAAAGAUAGACCAUGCAAGAGUUAGGAAACAUCAGCGGAAAUUUUUACAAGCUAUUCAUCAAUUGCGCAGUGUGAAAAUGGAGCAGAGAAAGUUAAAUGACCAAGCAAAUACAUUGGUGGAUUUGGCAAAGACACAAAACAUCAUGUAUGACAUGAUCUCUGAUCUAAAUGAAAGAAGUGAAGACUUUGAGAAGAGAAUUGUUGUCUUAGAAACAAAGCUAGAGACAUUAAUUGGGAGCAUUCAAGCUCUCCCCGGACUGAUUAGUCAGACAAUCAGCCAACAACAAAGGGACUUGGUUGAAGUUCAGCUGCAAAAUUAUGACAAGCAUGUUGCGUACAGUGCCGAGCGAUCGCGGUCAGUGUCACGAAGAAGAAGGUCCUCAUCCACGGCACCUCCAACUUCAUCGGAAAGUAGCUAGAAGAAAGCAGGUUAACCAAAAAGACUUUUUUGCCAUCAUAUGGUCAAUAAUUUAGCUUUUAUUGUAAAGCCCUAUGGUUCUAAUCAGUGUUAUCUGGGUUCUGAUGUCAGAAUCUUGGAAACCUGAACACAAAGUUUUAGGCCAAAUAGAGUGAGAACUCUUUUAUUUCUUUCAGAUGCACAGGGAAUGCACCUAUCAUUACUAUAUAGAUUGUUUCUCUGUAAUUUCACUAACUUUUUAUUCAUGCACUUCAGACUUUACUACUAUAUAGUAUAUAUAAUAAAAUCUUAAUUUCUGAAAGAAAUGUUUGGUUAAUUUAGUUCACGCUCAGGACUACCUAUCAGCCUUGUGUUUGUUAUGAUACAGUUAGGGAAUUUGAAUACAGAUUUCACUUUUUCUGCCAAAUCCAAUUAUUUUCACAAUGGACUCAACAUAUUCUUAACAUAAAAAUGGGCCUUAACCAAAACUUUUCAUUUGUUUUUAUGCAAAUACCCUGAAUAAAGCAUAUUUUUACUAA